AAAGAGGCGGAGCCAGGAACCAUGACUGGACCCCAGCAAGUACAACUAGGUAAGUACAGUAGUCAAGAUGGCGUCAUCACGGACACAAGACCUGCCUCCCCGGGAAGGUUAUUCACCCAUUACCUACUCCAGGAUACCUGCCAGAACCUAUUUUAAAGGGUAUCAGUUGUUCGCAGGAUAUGCGGUUGUCACAGCUGUGGCAGCUUAUGUCUACUCACUCACAGACAAAAAGAUCAGGCGCAACAAGUUGGAAAUGUUGAGUGGUGUUCUAGCUCUUGAGCCAAUGCUACUUGCUGAGAGAGAUCGGCAGUUCCUCAAGCAGAUGAGACGUAACCGUGAUGAGGAGGAAAAACUGAUGGCAAACGUUGAGGGGUGGGAGGUAGGAAAGUUGUACAAUGAGCCUAUCUUCAAGACUGUGCCUGAAGACCGUUACAUGGACCCCAUUGUUGACGAAUACUACAUCCACGGACACCAACGCAACUUCAUUCGUAAUGCUUACUUGCACCUCUUUACCUAAGCAGUGAUUCGAAUGUUAUCCGAUAGGAUGUGGUAUUGUUGUAACCUUGUAGAUAACUGCUUCAGUUUGUGUUGUAAAUUUCCAUAUUGCUGUAUUGUGGAAGUGCACAGUGUAUGAUGCCAGUGUGCACUUGCAUCGUCAUGAUCCUGUAUGAGCAGUUUUUAUUCAAGUUGAAAUGUACAUACCAGUGAUAAUACAAGAUUAAAUGAUUAAAAAUAA